AUGGAAGAAGUGAUCCGCAACGAGAAAUCCUACAAAUUCAUUUUCGGGGAUUUCAACGCUAAACUAGGAAAGGCUGCUGAAGAGGAAUACAGGAUCGGAAGAAUUGGACUAGAGGACCGGAAUGAAAACAGCAAUCGUCUCGACGGGGUUGUUGACGCGUUGUGGAAAUCCUCUCUUCAUGAAGAAAGAUCAUCGUCGGAGGAAAUGGAAAUCGCCCAAUGGCGCGACUCGUGCGAAGAUCCACUAUAUACUCACUAG